AAUGGUGGAUAAGAUAUAAAUGAAAUAACUAUGGAUGAAUUUACAAAAGUUUAUAUUGGAUCCAGUUAUUUAUCGGCCAUUACUGUUUAUAUUUUUUUUUAUGGCUACUCCUUCUCCUGCAACCUCAAUGUUUUAUUUUUACAUAAAUCAACUAAAGUUAAAUGAUGAAUUUUUUAUAACAUUAAGGUAUACUUAUAGUUUUUGCACAAUAAUGGCAGUUACAAUAUAUUAUCUAUUUAGAAGAUAUCCAUUUGGACAAUUUUUAUCUGUAUCAAAUAUGUUAUAUUUCUUUGCAUCAUUUUUAUCAUUAUUAUUAGUUACAAGGAUAAAUAUCGAAUACAAUAUUCCAGAUUAUUAAUUUUGUAUGUGGGAUAAUAUUUUGAUGUAAACCUUAUAGGAAAUCAAUACUCUUCCAGUGCUUGUUUUGGGAGCAAAGAUGUGUCCAAAAUAUUUAGAAGGUAGAUUAAAUAAUUUAAAAUAUUUUAGGAACUGUAUAUAGUUUAUUAACAGGGACAAUGAAUUUAGGAAACACAAUAUCGAAAUAAAUAGGUAUAAUUUUGACUUUUUAUUUGGGAAUAACAAAUUAGAAUUUUACAUAUCUUUGGCUUUUGAUUUUAAUAUGUACAGUAGGAUCUUUAUUACCAAUGCCUUUUAUUGGAGCUGUGAAUGAAGAGGAAGUAGAUCAAAAGAAGAAAAGUUUAGCUAAAGAAGAUAUCCAUAUAAAAGUAGAAUGA